GUCGUCGUCGUCGUGCUCGUCAUCGUCGUCGCCGUCGUCGCCGUCGCUCCUCUCUCAGUCGCUCUCGCCGGGGGCCACCGCACCGAAGGCGUCCGCGCGACGAGCCAGACCAGCCGCUACGCAAGAUGGCUGUGUGUCGCUGACGGGAGGCCGACAAACCGGACAGGGGUACAGACAGCCUGCGGAUAAGCGGAACAUGCGGCUACGUGACCGUCGGGCCCGUCCCUGAAGAGAGAGACACUGGCCAAGAAGCGAGAGGGAAUGUGUGACAUGUUCAUCCAAACACAGCAGACGAGUAGCGUCAACGGCAGCAGCAGCAGCAGCAGCAGCAGCAGCAGCAACAACACCGUUCACCACCACAGCAAGAAGCGCAAGUUGGACUACAACGUGAGUCAACCGGUGAUCCAGCACGCAUUGGUCCAAUCGACCAGCGACUACCAAUUGGACAAUACCGGUCUGCAACAACGGUACUCCGUGAACGGUCCUAAUCACGCGUUUCCCACGCUGCCCAACAAUGUGCUGCAGAAGAGUAGCCCGAACCAGCAAACCGUGGUACGAGCCUCGACGAUCAAGCUCGUAGACUCGUAUACACGUGGUGGUGUCCCGAAGAGAAAGCUUUGGCCGGAGGAAGGUAAUGGUGACAACUCGGCAGUCCACUCCUCCAACCCGACUACGGUGGUUAGCACUGUAGGGCCGCCGCACCAUACCCAACAGCAGCUGUCGCAACAACAGCAGCAACAGCACAGCAGCAAGCAGACGAGCAUGACGGCGCAUAGCAAGCAAGUGGCCAACGCGGCCAACGGCGGCGGUAGCAGCAAUCCCCAGGGCGACGGGGACUACCAUUUGGUGCAGCACGAAGUCCUCUACUCCAUGACCAAUCAGUAUGAGGUCCUCGAGUUUCUCGGCAGAGGUACUUUCGGGCAGGUCGUAAAAUGUUGGAAGAAAGGGACGAGCGACAUAGUAGCCAUCAAAAUUCUAAAGAACCAUCCAUCGUACGCGCGCCAAGGUCAGAUUGAGGUCUCCAUCCUGUCUCGACUUAGUCAGGAAAAUGCGGACGAGUUCAAUUUCGUGCGCGCCUACGAGUGCUUCCAGCACAAGUCACAUACCUGUUUGGUAUUCGAAAUGCUGGAGCAGAACCUCUACGAUUUCUUGAAGCAGAAUAAAUUCUCACCCCUACCUCUCAAGUACAUCAGGCCCAUUCUCCAGCAAGUAUUGACCGCGCUAUUGAAACUGAAGCAAUUAGGAUUGAUACACGCCGAUUUGAAACCGGAGAACAUUAUGCUGGUGGAUCCAAUGCGUCAGCCCUAUCGAGUGAAAGUCAUCGAUUUCGGAUCGGCCUCGCACGUGUCCAAAGCCGUCUGUAACACCUAUCUACAAUCGCGUUACUACCGCGCACCCGAGAUCAUACUGGGACUUCCGUAUUGUGAAGCGAUAGAUAUGUGGUCGCUUGGCUGCGUGGUCGCAGAAUUGUUUCUGGGAUGGCCUUUAUACCCGGGCAGCUCCGAGUACGAUCAGAUUCGAUAUAUAAGUCAAACGCAGGGCCUACCGACGGAGCACAUGCUGAACAACGCCAGCAAAACAACAAAAUUCUUUUACCGGGACGUGGACAGCACAUAUCCAUUUUGGCGAUUAAAGACACCGGAAGAGCACGAGGCAGAGACUGGUAUCAAAUCCAAGGAAGCGAGAAAAUAUAUUUUUAAUUGCCUUGACGAUAUCGGUCAGGUUAAUGUACCGACUGACUUGGACGGCGGUCAACUCUUGCCCGAGAAAGCGGACAGGCGAGAGUUCAUUGACCUCUUGAAGAGGAUGCUUACAAUGGACCAGGUAGAGCGCCGUAUAACACCCGGCGAGGCACUGAACCACGCGUUUGUUACUCUGGCACAUCUAAUUGAUUACGCGCAUUGUAACAACGUCAAAGCUUCCGUCCAGAUGAUGGAGGUUUGCAGGCGCGCGGGAGACUUUACAUCGAGUCCUGCGCAUCAUCAGGCUCCGCCGGCGCCUCAGCCACCUCCACCAACGUCUUUAGUAGCCAAUUUUGUACCGACCACUAACGGCAGCGCGGUGACUCUCACCUUCAACAAUCAAUUGUCUAAUCAAGUGCAGCGAUUAGUCAGGGAGCAUCGUACCGCGCAAACAGGAUACGACAGUCUGUACCAAAUAUAUAGCAACAGCAGUCGACGGGCGACACAAUAUAGCGGUUCAUCCAGCGGAUCCAACAGCGGACGAAGUGGCGUGCACGAUUUUCCGCAUCAGUUGGUGCCCGGCAUAUUGUGUCCACCGCAUGGCUACCAGACUAUGCCAAGUCCUGCGAAGCACGUAGUUGUUGCUCAACAAUUUAUUCGGCAGCCACCGCAAGCGCAACAAGCACCCCUGCAAAUACAAUCGUCCAUUAUAUCGCAACAGGCUGUGGCCGCGGCGGCUGCAGCUGCCCAGCAACAAUAUGCUGCAGUUCCCGUGUCUAUGGUCGAGACUGGCCGGCAAAUGUUGCUUACCAAUGCUGUACAGACAUCUUGGCCUGGUGGAAGCCGUCAGAUGGCUGCGAUCGUACCGUCGUGGCAGCAAUUACCGCCGCAGCACAUUCAGCAACCACUGCUCAGCGAUACCGGAGACUGGGGGAGGCCCCUCAUCGUCGAUAGUUCUGCUAUUCUACAGCGGCCGGUAUUUCCUGUCGCGGAAGUUUACAAUGCUAGUGCACUCGUCGAGCAUCCGUCGCAGAGCUGGGGCAAGCGCACCAUCACCAAACAUCACCAGCAUCACGUGACGGUACCUCAGCAGACUCAGCACAGGCAUGAACACAAGAAGGAGACGCAACAGCUGAGCCCGGUGAAGAAACGGGUCAAGGAGAGCUCGCCGCCGAUGAUCCUGCGACGGCCCUCGCCGUUGAACAACCAUUGGCAAGAGCAGUCGGUGCAGUCUCAUCAUCACAGUAGCAAGCACAGUAGUAGUCAUAACGUGGAACAUCAACCAGUCGCAUCCGUGCGACAGCAGACCAUCACGAUUGACGACACGCCUUCGCCAGCCGUCUCGAUUAUCACGAUCAGUGAUAGUGAAGAUGAGGCACCUGGAAAAUGCUGUGGAGACCGUCAGUGCAGCGCCUGUCAAAGUUUGGCAACUCGCCUGUCGGGCGACGGACGUCCUGUCCGUGAAGAAGUCAUACGAAGCACUCAAUCGACGCCGCGCGUUGUACAGCCGAUGCAGCAGUCGGGGCACGCGAGCAGUCAGCAGCAUACGAGCGGGCAUGUCUCGACGCACAGCAGCUCGUCGUCGCAUCGGACGCAGCGCAAAAAUGUCAUUAGUUGUGUCACCGUUGGCGACAGCGACGGCGAAGCCAGCCCGAGCCGCUCGCAUGCUCAUUUAUAUCUGCCGCAACACCCGCAGCAUCAGCAGACCACGCAGUUAAUUAAGCACGAGCCGCAGCAACAACAUCACGUUAGCAGCUCGGGGUAUUCCUCUCAGUCACAAAAGAAGCGGCUGUUGGCGAAGGUGCAGUCCGAAUGCAACAUGGUGAACGUCGCGACGAAGCUGGAACCCGGUGUCGAGUACCUUGCUCCACAUCCGUGUCAUGCGCCAGCUUGCAAAGAGCCACCGACCUAUCAGGAUGACGUCUAUGACAUAUAUGACCCCUGCUUGCAGUAUGUGACCACGAGUAGUGCGCAUCCUCAUCUCCAAGAGCAGCAUAUUGUGUACACAACCGGCACGGACAAACGAGUGUCCUGGCCUGGGAAGCGAGCCGAGUACAAGCACGAGUACGUUCAACCACCGGCUGCUCACUCGAGAGAUCAUCAGAAGUGGGUGGUGGCCAAUCCCGUGCAAUAUAGGCAGAGCCAGGUAGUAGGUACGGCACCCCAUCCGGGUCAUAGCCACAACCAUCACGGGCAUCCGGCCGCUCAUCUAAGUCCUGGCGGCAGCGGCGGUGGUAGGAGUCCCGUCGGGGGGCCCGUGAUAGGAAGCGCCCAGCACUUGGGACAGCCUCUCUACCAGGAAUACGCUCACGUGCGCUCGAGAGCCCACGCGGUGCCGCCUCCUGUGUACGUUACCGCGGCGCCAUCGCAGGCUGCUACCGCUAUCCAGCAGCAACAAGUGCCCGCGUAUCAGGGAUUCACGCCCGGCUCGUCUCCAUUAACGUUGUAUGAUUCUAGUCGAGCGUUGCCACCGCCAGCUCAUCACAGCUCGGCCAGACCGUUACUGGCGAGUCACGCAGCACAUCCGUUGCCUGCGCAUAUGCAGCCUACAGCCGUUUAUGGAUUGGCCCCGCUUUCGCCAGCCAAACACCAAUACCAACCUUCUGGUUUAUGGUUUACCGAAUAAAUUAUUCCCGUCGGGCCGUGGAUAAGAGUUGUGUACGAAGAAAUAACUAACAAGUAAUUGUACGAUCUUCUGGGAACUUACGAGCCGCCCGUGUGCCAAUCAGCGAACGUGUAAUCGACGAAAACGUUAACGGAGAAAGAGAAGUGUCAUAAUUUCCCCGUUUUCGUGCACCUGGCCAGUAAGCGAAGCGGGUAGGGAGCGUCCGAAACCGCUGCGCGAUUCGCGCGCACGAUCGGUAGCACGAUAACGCCGCGCGCUCACGAACGAGCGAGUUCGCCGAGAUGAGCAGGGAGCAGGGGUGCGUUAAGGCAAAAAUUCUGACAAUCCGUCCUAUAUAUAAGCAGCGACCACUCCCUUCCGACCGCUCUCGUAGGAAUGCGAGACACGAGAUCACGGUCAAUGUAACUAGAUCUCUUUGUAUAUGUUUGUUACGUAUCUUAUGUGUCCGAAACAAUUCCAUCGUCUUACCGUGACAAUUUCACAAGGGGAAAAGCGAACCGAGGGGAAAGACUGUCCCUACUUUGACGCGCGAUUGUACGUGAACUGAUUUCUCACGAGAUUUGUCAUCCGGCACACUUGUUUCUUUUUUGUCUCUUCAAUUUCGGGAAUACACGCGUAUCCUCGACGUGUACGCGGCAAUGCUUUAAAUUUCGUAAGUUUCCAGAGACACCGAUGUUUUAUUACGGAAACGAUAGCGUUUAUAAGGACAUUGUACAGACCAAAAUUUUCUAUCGAACUCUCCCGAUCUGUUUAACGCCCAUACAUGUGGUUUCUCUCUCUCUAGUGUACAUACAUAUAUACAUAUAUAUACAUAUAUAUGGAACCGAUGUGCGCCUUAAACAGAUCGGAAACGUUAAUGUCGACGAUAGACGAGAGAUACGCACGUAGUAGCAGUGCCGAUCCACGUGCGCGUGGAUCUAUUAUUAAACGAACAUCCUUCAUAUGCGAUUUAUAUGUAGUAACGAUUUAAUUUAAAUGCGUAUGAGUCUGCAUUUCUUUAUGGUAUGUCGUAGGACAUAUCGCGCGCGAGUAUCUUGGUUUUAAUGCUCCUUAACAAAAUCAUUUUUACCCAAUUUAGGUUUUCUCUCCGAUCUUCGUUCCUUUCGUUCUUGCUCGUGAAAGUUUUUCUAUUACAAUUAGGAAUAUCGCUAAGGGAUGUAGCGCUCUAUAAUCUUUUACGGUAUUUUAUUCAUAACGGGCACUCAGGACUAACGAGGUAGCCACAUUAUUCUUUGUAGUUUGUAGCAUGUUAUUCAAGUAUACGUUAAUACACGCCACCAUCCAUACAUGUACACACAUACACGCGCAUACAUACGUAAAUACGUACAUGAUUUAGUUGUAUCGCAUAUUCCGGACUUCUUCGAGUAGGAUUAUUCGGGGAUUGUCGUAAAUGUAGGAGCAUUCGUCAGAAAUAAGCAAGAGAUCUAUAAUCGUGUCACGAAUUUAUUAAGGUGAUUGCACGACAUCCGAAUCGACAAAAGCUUUGACGUGCCUUUUUUGGAGCAGUCUCAUUAUUUAUUAUUAUUCUUAUAUCAUUACUUUAGAUCGUCUUUGCAUUCAUCUUGUCAUUUUCAUCGCCAUCAUGCUCGUUGUCAUUUCCAUUGUCAUCAACAUUACUAACCAUCGUUGUUCUUCUGCCUGAUAUUUUGUUCUCAAUUGUGUAAAUAAUCUACUCCAGGCAGCAUGCCUUAUACUUGUGGUUUGAAACGCGAAAAUUAUGAAACCACAAUUUUGACAGAUUUAUAAAUUGUAUAUAAGUUUAACGACCUCUCAUUGACAUUUCUUUUUUCCAUUAACGCUUUGCAUUUUCGGUAAAGGGAAGAUAUACGAAUCAAGCACAAAUCAGAGUGAAAAGUAGAAAACGAAAAAAGAAAUGGGCAAGCGAUAGUUUCUGUUUUCAGAGUACAGAGUAGAGUAAUCUCUCUUUAAAUGCUGAGAGGAAGAGAGAAAGAGAAAAGCAUUCUGUGAAAGAAAUAUAUGCCAAACAGCAAUAAAGUAUCAUUAAUGGGUCUUACGAUAAAGAAUUUCUCGCGGAUAUCACAAACUCGUAUAUUACGCAUAUUUCCUUUUCCGCGUAUAUAGAUAUGUAGUUAUAACGAUACAUGGAGGGUUGAACGGAGGAUUCUAUUUAUAAAUAGUUUUCAUAAAACUUUGCAAUUAUAUUUUUCUCGUUCAAUCAUGUUCUUCCCUGUUGCAUUUUCCGAACUACAGUUCAACAUCUCACAUGAAUGGUUUUCACUCUAGUUUAUCGUUCUCAGGCGGCAUCAUAGACGCGGUACGCACACAUACACAUACACAUGUACAUCGUUCUUCAGGUACCGGCGUCGUUAUGCGCAACUGCUAAUACAUGUAUUUCGUGAUUUAAUGGAAUAACGCUUAUAGGCAUUGUUUCACUAAUUCUAUUAAUAUAAAUGUAUAGAAAGUUUGUAACGGUAAUAUUCGGCGUAUAUGGGAUUCAUUGCGGUAUGUUGUUUAGAGUGAUUCACGUCCAGAGUUUAAUUAGAGAUAUUUUACACGUAGAGCGAGAGUGUGGAAACGUGCAAAAGCGAAUGAGAGAGAGAGAGAGAGAAAGGACGAGAGAAAGAGAGGAGAAAAUUACAGAAUAUAUAUAAAGAUAUACAAUUAGUAGUGUAGGUGUAACGGAGUUUUAAACAUGUUACCGGUAUCAUUGAGAAGAGAGCCCUUUACGCGAUACAAUAAGUAAGCGACAAAACGAUAUACAGCUGCAAUUUAACUAUAUUUAACUUAUAGAGCAGGGCCGUUACGGCUAUCGGGUCCAUGAUAGCCUCGCAAAUCUCUCGAGUGCCUUUAUAUCGAGAGGCAUCAGAUGAAUCGACGUAAUCUAACGAUGCCGAACUUGCUUCGGCAAAAGCAACCCUAGAUUUCUUCAUUUCUUCUUGUUCUUCUUCUUCUUCUUCGUUUCUUACAGUUACGCAGUUUACUCCCCUGAUCUUAGAAUUGAGCGAUUUGCCCUUUUCGUAUACGCAUCAAUACGUUUGUACACGUUGUACGAGAAACAAGAAAAAAAAAAGAAAUAUUUAACCAACUCGAUGUGCCUGUUUAACGAAUAAUCGUAUUUACACUGGGUAAUUUACUGUAACGAGGAAAAGAGAAAGGGAUAGGUGGAGAGGGAGGUCCGUUCUUCUUUUUCUUCGACAUAGACUGAGCGCGCUAUGACGUAUCAGUGAAUCAUCGCAAUCAUAAAACCAUUUUGCUAAACGUGUUUGGGUGUUUCACCUCUCGGUCUCGGCAUAACGGAUCGGUCCGCGCCCAAUUGUACAUAUACAUACAUACAAUACAUACAUACAUAUAUGCUUCCACGUAUGACAGUAGGGAUACUCGCGUCGCAAGUUUGAGAAAAAAAAAGAAAAAAGGAAAAAGAUACUACCGUAACUGCGCCCUCCGCGCGAGCAGUCGCGAGAGGAGAACAUGAGUCGAGUCAUAUCCUUAGGUCUCUCUGGCGUCGGGCGCGCGUAAGGACGUGCGCGCACGUCUGGCACGUGCUCGUGUACGCGCACGUGGUACGCGCGCGGCCGAGUAGUCAUACCACGCGAUAGCGAUAAGUCUCAUCCCCCAUCUAUCCCGUCACCCCGCAUAAGUUCGCGCGCGUUAUACUAGAUCGACGAUGACUUUAGUCACGCUUUCUUUUUCACGAGCAGGCUUUGGCUGACGAUUUUUCGAGAGAUAACAAUAACGGGACGAUCGGAACGGCGUUUGUAGUCAUAUUACCGUUUUCGUCGAGCAUCCACGUGAGGAGGAGACCACGUGGCGGAGGGACAGGGUGGUGGGCACGCAGGUGGCAUUUUAGCCGGGUGACAUAUCGACGUAUUUUAAGGGUACAAAACGCGCACGGACCACUUUGUUUAGGUCGACCUGAUUUCCGUAUUGUACUGACUUGUAUUGUACCGUUCCGUUUGAGUUUCUGGAGUCGAUCGUCGGUCAACGCGUGCUCUCCGAGUCACGUUAACGCAUUUUUAUGGUCAUUUUAACGUUACACGAUGUAAAUAACAAGAAAAAAAACACGCUCAUAUACACACGCAUACACAUACAUACAAACACACAAAACUACCUAAGUAAAAAGAAGUAGAGACGCUAUAAAACGCUGUGUGGAAAGUUAAGUAAAAGAUACCGUAACUGUAUCAAUGGUUCUAUAUAGUUGUGAUAUUUUAUUAUAAUGCUGAUAGUCGUGCGCAGUUAACUUUGAACGGGUUCUCUCGCGUGCCCGACCAUAUAUAUAUAUAAAUAUAUAUACAUAUACAUACAUAUGUACAUACACACAUAUAUAUACUAUAUACGUAUGUAUGUAUAUAUAUCGCGAGACAAAGUAUAUAGGAAUAUCCUAAUCUUAAUACAUUGAUUAUACGCGGGAGGGAGAUCGAACGUUGCUGCAGUAAAAGUAAUUCAUGAUGACCGAAUAGGGCGAUUCCUCUUUUUUAAUUCCGAAGUCUAAGCUAUAUCGCAUGAACUUUCACGGAUGUUUCCUUUUGUCACCUCGGCAGCCUUCGGAGUAUCAUUUAAGGAAAUUCAACGUUCUGUGUACUUUAGAAACUAUUUCACAUUAGAAUUGUGCGACCGGCAAAUUUCCCCGCGAUACGAAACAGGUUUAUGCGUUGGUCGUGUGAUUGGCAUCGAUCUAAAAGCGACAACUGAUAAAUUUCAAAAUUGUAAUGUACUCAACCGCUCGCGCACACGCGGUCGUGCGCAAUCGUAACGUUUACUCCUUUCGUUAGUGUAACGACACAUAUUAGAAAUAGGUAUCUAGUUCUUUUAAUCGUUUUGGAAUAUGUACGUAUGUUUUUCUUAUUGCAUCCGUGGUGGGGGAGUGAUAUAUUAGUCUUAGAUGUAGUGCCUAAAGUGAUGAGAUUAAGUGUGUCCGAUAAUAAGAUUUAUUUAACGUAGAAUCUCCGAGUCGGUUCCGCGCCGGUGGGGAGAAAAAUUUUACUGGAUCGCGAACGAUCGCCCGAGGACUGAGGCUUGAUUUGAUAUUGAAAUUACCCGAUUGCAGAAAUUGGUGGUCUCAAUGUUAACGAGCUUGUGAUGAGAGGAAGGGACGGAGGCGAUCAGUAUAUUUUUUUGUGCACCGGCCGCGGAUUAUUUAUGCAAAAUGAUGCAAAAUCGGGAAAACGCUUGGGUGUGCUUAGCGUGGAAAGAUAUUCGUGUAAAUAUACGGUGAAACGGUAAAGAAAAAACGGUAAAGAAAAAAAGAAUAUAGAAUAAGGGGGCAGGCUUACAAUUUCAUUGUGGAGUUAGGAUUAUAAUAUUCAUCGCGUUAUACGGACAGUUCGUAUAAAAAUUAUUAUUAUCACUGUAAACAAAGUAACAUUGACUCUCACGAGAGAUAGAUAUGUAGCUAUAUUUAAAGCAUAGGAAAGAAUAACAUAUUUUUGGAGUUAAUAGAGGAUUGAUAUUGUACUGUGCUCCGUAAGUUAUUGAACGUUUCUCCUUCUUAGGUUCUCUCGGUCUCUAUUUGCUAGACUGCUCGUCGUAAUCGGACCGCAUUUACGAGUAUUAGACAAUUGUUAGCUAAACAUCAUUCAGCUUAGCCGGUAAAUCGAGUUCAUUAUCAAAUUAUAUCGAACGCUACGUAUUACCUUGCGAAUCACUCGAGUCUACUUGAAUAUAUUCGAUUGAAUGUCUUCUGAAACGUAUCUACUGUUAUUCCGAAAUGUUUAAUUUGUUAGAGAAUCUACACGUAGAUCUAAUAUUACAUUUACAUAUUCAACGUUCAAAAGAAGUGGUGUUUAAAAAUCGUGUAUUUACAUCUGAAAUUUAAAAUGUUUGAAAUUUGAUUCGACGCGGAGUGUAAUUAUUGAAGUUAUAAUCGUAGGGAAUUCUAAAAGUUGUCGUUACUAAGAUAAAUGAAGUCCGAUUAGAGAAGCAAGGAAUAAAUAGUCUGUCGCGCGGAUAAUUAUAAAGUAGGAAGCGACGAGAUUCAUUAUCUGACUGUUCUUCGAUGUUCUUAAAUGUUCACUAUUAUACUAUGGUAAUGUAACGGCAAAUAAUAAUCAACGGUGGGACUUGUACUAUAUACGUUUAUCGAUUUACGCAUAAUGCUGUAUUAUAAAGAUUAGUCAUAGGUGAAAAGAGAGAGAGAAAGAGAGUACCCUCGUGUGUAGACACAUGGUUGUUUAGAUCCUCUGGCCGUUUACGAGUUUCAUCUUCGCGUGGCUAACGUAGGCAACUCCUCUGAUUAGGCGUAUUGUUCUUUUGGCAUGGAAAAUAUUUCUCUCCACACGAGUCGAUAGCGAAUUUGGUGUUUUACAAAUCGAACGUUUUUAGACUCCUUCUUCCUCGUAACGUAGAGGACGAUUCACGAACUCUUAGUCGCAGGAUCGUUCGUGCAUUGGACCAGAUAGAGAUUGAUCUUUACACUCAUAUUUGUAGAAUCAAAACAAGAGAGGUACGUGCGUAAUUAGGGGACUCUUUUUUUUUACAAACGCAGCCCAUUCUUGGCUUUUUCGAGUCUCUCCACAUGUUUUGGUACGUACAUACAUUGAGGGGCCGAAAGCGUCGUCUCUUUUAGUAUCCAACGGCGUGCAAAGCCCGUAUUUUAACUACACUUGGUGUGAAAUGGACAGUAUUCGUUUCUUUAUUACUUAUUAUAUCUAGGCACGAUCCCUCUAGCCAUUGAAAUUAAGGAUAAUCGGCAUAAAACCGGGACAAAUUAUAACAGAGGCACAGAAGUAAAUAUAUAUCCGUCUUAUUUCGACCUCUAUAUACGAUUAUAAGCUGAGCUUGCUGCUCUUUGUCGACAAAAGCAUAUGUCUACGCUACGUAUUUGUACUGUGUGUAGAAUGCACGUCUCUUUCGUGUAUUUUAGUUGUACUACGAUGAGUAGUGAUAACGCGCAAGUUGCAUAAUUAUUGACGCGUCGUUAUAACAUUUAUUUCGACAUUAAGGCCCGGUUUGACCAAACAUCGUUUAACUUGAACCUUAGUUUAAUCCGUAUUUGUUUUCUUCUAAAGUAACAUUUGGAAAGAGGCAAAGAACGAAGUAAGCUGAGCUUAAAGUUAAACAACGUUGGUGAAACCGGGCCUAUAUCGUACAGAUUACCGUGAAUUCCUUUAGUUUAAGCAUUGAUCAAUUACGUUUCCGAUUAUACUCGAUAAUCUCCAACGUGGUAAUCGAAAUUUCUUAUAUUUACGCACCCAAUUGUCAUCUAGAUUUACUUGAAUUAAUUUGUUAGGACAUUAUAACUUUCAAUGGUUAACUUUAGACUGAUUUUACGAAGCAAUUCAGGCCUGUAUUUAUCGCGCGCUUAAUACUAAAUUUUUUGUUUAAUCUUAAGUUUUAUCUGUCCUGUGUUGAGGAAAAUCUUAAGAUAACCGAGUCUGUGUGUGCGAUUUUUAGUAUUAAACAUGAUUCACGAAUGCGAGCCUCAAUUAUCAGAAAUAGGGUCGAAUACAAUUCUCUACGAUCGCGCGCGUAUUCAAACUUCUUUUAGGGAAGAAUUUUCGUAGCGUUGCCUUACUAAUGAAUUAUUAUAUCGAUAUAUGCGAUAAUUGUUAUACGCGACAUUCAUUCAUACAUACAUACAUACAACGCAAACUUACAGACAAGUACGUUGCCGAAUAAAUUAAUUGUUAAAGUCAUCGAUUAACAUUUACUAUCUGCCAAAUCUCUUUCUCUUACACGAACGACGAACAUCACGCAAACACACAUCACGAGGGAUCCACGUCGCGGGUACAUUUAGAGGCGUGCGAACGUGUCUGGGGAUGAUGGAAAUUGUCAUUUGGUUUGAGAUAAGCCAGGAGACGUUAUCAGCGUUUCUAGCUCCUCCUGCGACGUGGAUCUCUCUUUGGACCACAUGUACAUGCAUACGCCAAGAGUAUAGUAACCCUAAUUGAUCGUCCGAAGUGACGAGUAAAGUGAAGUUUCUAAACUACGAUUAAUAAUAGUGUAUAGAGCGUUUUUGAGCUUUCGAGGCUUCCCCGAGUCUCUCAAGAUAUUAUAAUUCGAACCCAGAACCAUCUCCGCUUGCGUAUGUGGUGGCCCGCUUCUUUGCAGGCCCGUCGUAGUGCCACGAACGGUAUCACGUUGAAAAUAUCUAAGCACGAAUAGCCUAACACGAACUUGAACGUUUUCAUCCGAGGUAAUUUGUGACAUUAUAAUGUAAACGAGAUGUUAAAUGUUCGCCUCUUUACGACUGUCAUCUCCAAAUUUAGGGAAACGAAAUUGUGCUGCGAAUUUGCUUAGUAAUCCGUUUCCGUUUGCAAUUACACAUCGGUCAAUUAAUUGAGCAAUCGGCUACUGUUGAACAAUCAACCCGUUGCUCAUUGUAGCAGAUACAAUAAAUUCGAGUCGCGAGGUACACCUUCGUAAAAAAGUUAUUCCAUUCUAAUCUGCCAUCAAUACAUCAAUGUGUCUCAAUUAUUGGCUGAGCUUCGAAAUUUCUUUAUAUUUGACAUUUACAUUUACGUCUCUGGCAAUGUAUUUUUAUUCAUAAUUUACACGAGAGAGUUAUGAAAAUAAUUGGCAUUGAUAUGCAAAUUAAAGCAAUGUAGAAUUAGUGUCUUCAGCAGAAACAUAGUUACUAUAAAGUAUAAUGGAAUUACGGGCUUUAGAAUAGACUUAGGUAGAGCGUGCCUUGCGUUAUCGCGAUACCGACAUCGCUGAAUGUCAACCCUCUUCGGGAUCGUGUUCGUGCUGAUCCGUACUCGGGCACUCGACAGGUGUGUAUCGUGUGCGGUUGCUCGUUUAAAAGUACAUGUAUAAUUAUGUAUGUAUAUUGCAAAGUAUAUAUGUAAUUAUAUAUGCAUGCAUCUAUACAUAGAUAAUAAACAAAUGUGAAUAUACAUACAUGCAUAUAUAUUAUAAAUAUUGCAUCCACUACUAUAAAUAUUAUACAUAUUACAUAACGAAGCUUGUGUACGUGCGACGGAUUAUUCCGGAGGUCGACCAGAGUACAAAGCGUAGAUUUAGUUUGGCCUCGGUAAUACUCUGCGCACGAAGUCGAAUCGACGUCAUCGACGAAUGUUAGUACUGAAACAUAUUGUUUAACAGAAAAAGAAAAGUAUGCGUAGUGUAGAGUAAUUUCUGUCGGCCGCCACGUUGUUAAUAUCGUCACAUCGACUGAGAACGGGAUCGUCUGCUUCUUCAUUGACAAUAAGCGAGAGUUACGGCGGAUAUAUCCAUCGGGACGAGUAAACCUUCUCUGAUAAAAAUUUUCGAAUUUGGAUACUCUUGUUUGACGAAUAAUGACUGCAUUUAAUCCGCGCGAUUAACGUUAAUAAUAUCCGACGUGCCGUAUCGGGGGGGGGGGGGAGAGAGAAAUUCGAUAUAGAGAGAGAAAAUUCCGACUCUCGAUCGAUGCGGCGUAACAUUUGGCAAAAUAAUACACCGAACGUAUGUCUAAGCUACCAAAAAAUUCUAAUCUCGUCGCGAUGUAGCUCGUGACUGUCGAGAAACGGCAACCGCAGGUGCGGAGGAUAAAAGUGAAAAAGGGAGGAGAGACCGACGAUCACUUGGCCGAUCUUGAGGCGCCCAUCGGCAGUCGCGAGUUCCUCGCUCUUCCGAUAAUAGGGAUUUUAACAAUCGGUGACGACUUGACAACUAUAGAGAGCGUUUCUGAAUUUUUUAAGUCGCGCAUCGACAUUAAGGUGCAUAUAUCCUGUGGGCGCGAGAGGUCCAUUUGAUAUUUAUAUUUUAAUACACACACACACGAGCCGAUUAUAUUUAGUGUAUUGUAAUUAUCGAAUAUAUUGAUCACCGUCCCGGUCGUUCGCCCGCUCGUCGCGUGGUCCCACCGGAAGGGCCGCCGACCUCGGUUGGGGGUCAACUGGGACGCGGAGUGAAGAACGGGCGAAUGACCGGCGCGAGCCACGGUUUUCUGUAUAUUACUGUAGUAUAAUAAUCAAACACUAAAGACUAAUGCUUAAGGUGAUCGAUGAGGCUCCGUUGUAGCUCGGAGUCGCGCAAGUGUAUUUGAAUUAUUAUGCAACCUAAAAAAUACGUGAGAGAGAGAGAGAGAGAGAGAGAAUGAAUACAGAGUAGAAAGAUGAGAAGAAAAAUAAAGAAAUACAUUUGACUAAUUAACAAUCGGGUAUACAGCAGCGGUACAGACAUCACUGUGUCUUAGUUCGUAAAUAAAUGCGGAUGCCCGCGGGCAAUCUGUGAACUGA